AUGGCUAGAUGGCAAAUUUUACUCUUCGAGUUUGAUAUAGUAUAUGUAAAUCAAAAGACCAUCAAAGGGAGUGCAAUAGCAGAUUUCUUGGCUAGUAGAGCUUUAGAAGAUUAUGAACCUUUGGACUUUGAUUUCCCAAAUGAAGACCUGAUGUGUGUGGCAAAUGCUGAAGAGGAUUCUCAAGAAUAUCAUUCUUGGAGGUUAAACUUUGACGGAGCUUCGAAUAUAGUAGGUAAUGGGAUUGGGGCAAUCAUUGUAUCUCCAAAUGGAGAUCAUCCUUUCACCAGUAAAUUGGACUUUGAUUGCACCAAUAGCAUGGCUGAAUAUGAAGCUUGUAUCAUGGGCAUCCGGACAGCCAUAGAGCGAAAAAUUAAGAUACUAGAAGUAUAUGGGGACUCGACAUUGGUAAUAUACCAGCUAAAAGGGGAAUGGGAAACGAGAGACCCAAAGUUAAUUCGUUAUCAGAGAUUGGUCCUGGAAUUGAUUGAAGAGUUUGACAAUAUUACUUUUUGUUAUCUCCCACGAGAAGAAAAUCAGAUGGUAGAUGCUCUGGCUACACUAGCCUCCAUGAUUAAAUUGAACAAAUUAGAGGACAUGAAGCUCAUUCAAAUUAGUGUUUAUGAGACCCCAGCUCACUGCUACAGUAUUGAAGAAGUGGAAAAUGAUAAUCGUCCCUGGUACCAAGAUAUAUUGCUAUAUGUGAAGAAUCGCGAAUAUCCUAAUUAG